ACUGCAGGAUCGAAUCAUUCGAUGAUGACUCCGAUAAAGAAGAUGGAGGCAACUCUGACCGCCUUAUUUCAUGUCAACGAGCCGCCAAAAGGAAGUUCUUUGAUGCACAGUUCAGACUACGAAGAUCGACAAAGGCAACAGAUAAUGAGUUGGAAGGACCCGGACCCGACUGCAAGGUUGUCGAUGCUACGCUUGGUCGUAUUUCCGGUUUGUCAUGGAAGGUUCGUGAUCAGUCUUGGAUUAAUCGAGAAGGCAAUUUCAACUAACAGUUCGGGAUGUGGGAUGGAGUCAGGGACUUGGCAGGUUUUGAAUGGUGUAGGUUAGCUGUCGAGUGUGUUUGUUGUUAGGGUUAAGGAUGCCACUCAAGUCGAGCAUCGGAUCUUUGUGGAGAGUCGGCUGGCUGUGUCAUAUCGUGCUGCUGUUAUGAAAAAGGUAAAUGGGUGAGAAUGAGGCGUAUUGAAGUGCUGAAACUGUACACACACACAGACAGAAAGACAGAGAGACAGACAAACAGGCAGAC